AUGGAAGAUUACAAUCAGACAUCCACUGACUUCAUCCUCCUGGGCCUGUUCCCCCCAUCCAGCCUGGGCCUUUUCCUCUUCACUCUCAUCGUCCCCAUCUUCCUGAUGGCCCUGACUGGCAACAUGUGCAUGGUCCUGCUCAUCCUCCUGGAUGCCCAGCUCCACACACCCAUGUACUUCCUGCUCAGUCAGCUCUCCCUCAUGGACCUCAUUUACAUCUGCACCACUGUGCCCAAGAUGGCUUCCGGUUUCUUGUUCGGGAACAAGUCCAUCUCCUUCAUCGGGUGUGGGGUGCAGAGUUUCUUCUUUUUGACCCUAGCAGGUUCAGAAGGGCUGCUCCUGAUGUCGAUGUCCUAUGACCGUUAUUUGGCUAUUUGCUUCCCUCUGCACUACCCCAUCCGCAUGAACAGAAGAGUGUGUGUGCUGAUGAUCCUGGGAUCCUGGGCCAUGGGCGCUGUCAAUGCCUGUGCUCACACUGUGUACAUCCUCAGUGUCCCUUACUGCAAGUCUAGGACUAUCACUCAUUUCUUCUGUGAUGUCCCAGCCAUGUUGACUCUGGCCUGUAGGGCAACGAGAAUCCAUGAGUACACUGUUUUUCUGAGCACCACCUUCUUUCUCCUGUUCCCUUCUGUCAUUAUCCUGGGUUCCUACUGGAAAGUGCUCUUUGCUGUCUACCGCAUGCACUCACGAGAAGGCAGGAAGAAGGCCUAUUCCACCUGCAGUGCCCACCUCACUGUGGUGACUUUCUACAUUGCACCCUUUGCUUACACUUAUCUCCGCCCCAAAUCCCUCCGGUCUCCCGAAGAGGACAAGAUAGUAGCUGUCUUUUACACCAUCCUCACCCCAGUGCUCAACCCCAUGAUCUAUAGCCUGAGGAACAAGGAGGUGCUGGGGGCCCUGAGGAGAGUGACUCACAGCAUCUGCUCUCUGAAAAUGUAG